AUGGCCACUCAUUCCUACAAUUCGACGUACCCUUUCAAGGUCAAGCGUGAGAUGUACCGCGAGCAGCGGUUACGCCUCGGCGCGUCGAUGCGCUCUUGCAUGGACGCCUCGCACGCCGCCUUUCUUCAGGGCGGCUCAGAGGUGCCUGUGAACUCGACGGAUAUCAACUACCUCUUCUGGCAGGAAAGCUACUUCGCAUACCUCUUUGGUUGCAAUAUCCCCGACAGUUUCGGCGCCGUUCUCGUAGACGGCAAGGGCGUUCUGUUCAUUCCCCGAUACCCGCAGUCGUACGCGGUAUGGAUGGGUGAGCUGCCCACGCCGGAGAGCGUGAAGGCUGCCACAGAAGUCGAGGAGGUGUACUACACCGACGAGAUCAACACUGUUCUUACAUCCAAGGGCGUGCAGACAGUCGAGGUGAUGAGUGGUGUGAACUCCGAUAGCGGUCUCGAGGUGAUGACGGCACAACUGCCGGCGGGGUCCAAGUUGCGCGUCUCCACCAGUUGGCUCUUCAACACGCUGUCAAGCCAACGCUGCUACAAGACAGACCUUGAAGUGGAGCUGCUGCGCUAUGUUUGCAAGGUCUCGAGUGAUGCGCAUAUUCACGUCAUGCAGCAUUGCAAGCCUGGCAUGUCGCAGCACCACCUCGAGUCUACCUUUUUGCAUUACGUGUACUAUUAUGGCGGCUGCCGCAAGGUGGGAUACACGUGUAUCUGUGGCACCGGUCACCACGGCGCCAUUCUUCACUACCCGAAUAACGACGCGCCUGUUGAGAAUGGAUCCAUGGCGCUUCUCGACAUGGGUGGUCAGUACGCGGGCUACUCGAGCGAUAUUACGUGUUCUUUCCCCGUCAAUGGCAAGUUCACGGAAGACCAGCGGAUCAUCUACAACGCUGUUCUGGACGCCCACAACGCCGUGCUGAAGAACCUGAAACCAGGUGUGAACUGGGUUGAUAUGCAUAAAUUGGCGCUGCGCGUCAUGUGCGAGCAUCUUGUGCGGGCCGGGAUCCUCAUCGGCGACGUGGAUACCAUCAUGCAAAAACGUAUCAUGGGCCUCUUUCAGCCGCACGGCCUUGGACACCUUCUCGGCAUGGACGUCCACGAUGUUGGCGGCUACAUUGAGGGAUGCCCCUCACGUCCCGCGGAGAGCGACUGCUGCAAGCUUCGCAUGGCUCGCGUACUGGAGAAGGGGCUGUUCCUGACAGUGGAGCCUGGCUGCUACAUCAACCGUGUGCUCCUCACCGACGCAUUCCAGAACCCCGAGUACAAGACGCACCUGAACGAGGCGAAGCUGCGCUCUCUGUGGGACUUUGGCGGGGUGCGUAUUGAGAGCGAUAUCCUCAUCACCGAGCGUGGCGCCAUUAACAUGACCGUCGUCCCACGUACAGUAGAGGAGAUCGAGCGGACAAUGGCGGGCACCGCCUUCUCGCAGGAACCUGAGGAGUUUGCUCACUAA